AACCCUAGAAUCCUUUUUCUUCUUCUUUCUUUGCCAAACAUAAUCCCCAACAAGAUUUAUGGAGGCUAGUUCUUCUUCAUGAAGUGUGGGUUUUUCUUCAUGAAGUGUGGAUUCGAUCGGAUCUGGACAGUUUAGGUGCGAGUGUGGGUUACCUGUUGCUGUCGAAACUGCAUUCACUUACCAAAAUAUGGGAAUGAGGUUUCGUUGUUGUCUAAAGAUAACGGGUCAAUGCCCAUAUUUCCAUUUCUUACCUAGUGAGGAAAGAAUCGAGGGAAGAGCUAGGGAUUUACUACUGAUAUAUAAAUAUAGGGAAUCCAGAAAUCUGAAGGAGAAAGAAAGAAUCGAGAAAGAGAAUGGUGAGCUGAAGUUGGAAAAGGGAAACUUGAUGCAGGAAAAGGAAGAUUUGAUGAAGGAAAAUGCCAAAUUGUUGCAGGAAAAUGAACUCAUGAAGACACAAAGUAGAUUAAUGGAUAGAAAGAUAAGGAUGCUGGAGAAGAAAGUGAAGAAGGUAGAGAUGAGAAGCUCUCAAGCAGCCAUAAUUAGUCAAUUUGUCUGCUUGGUGUUUUUUAUUGUUAUGGCAGUGAUUGUUAGGUUGUUUGUACUUAGGAAGUGAAUGAGAUGUAGAAUGUUGUAUGUACUGAAACCAGAUGGUAAUGGUAAUGAUAUCUUGUGAAUUUCAUCUCAUCUCCAAAAGUGUUAUUUUCCAAAAAUGUGAUGAAAUGUGGUUGCUGCAAUGUGUAUGGGAAAUUUAAUGCAUAUUUUCCAAAUGUUGGGUAGUAAGUGCAUAAAACCAAACAUGCAAG